GGGUAAAUCAAAAGCUUAAAUAGGAAUAAUUUUUAUAGUAAACUCUGUCUUACUGAGAAGUCACAGGUUUGUGGGUGUCACAGUCUGUUGAGUAUAGCAGAGUGGGGUGAGUGGACAGUGCCUCCUUCACUGCUUCCAAUAACUUGAAGUAACCUGUUUCUUCUUUGAAAUUAACCCGAGGCCAUCUAAAGACAAACCAUGAACAGUCAGUCCGUAAAUUCUCCACUGUCAAAGAACGGACAAAGUUCAGUCCUACAUAGAAACUUCUAACCCCCUGCUUGCUCAUUGUUAUCACAGAGAAUCAACUUUGCUAGUUAGUGAUAAAUUCACCUAUGGUACCCUCAACAUGGGGUUUUAGAGUCCACAAUCCAUCAGACUUAAAGAUAUUUAGAGCAGGCAGGAGCUGACAGUUCCCUCUGAUUGUCUGUGGGUAAGGAGGAGAAAUGACAGAACCCUGAAGGCUACCUGAAAAUCAGUCAAUGGCAAACCCAGAACUGGCAAGUUCCGCAAACCAGAAUCUUUAAACAAAUUCUGUGUUUUUAAAUUGAUUUUCAGAGUUUGAUAUCGGAGUAACUUGGUGUAAGAUCAUAAAGACAUAGAUUCCAGGUGAUGGAGAAAUGUAUCCCAAAGUUCUGAUGUUCGGAUAUUCAAAAACAGACAAGAUCAUCUUUGAGGCACGUUGUGGCCAGUUGAAUCAGUCUUUGGGCUAUCAGGAGAUCUGUGCCAAGACAGAGCACAUCAUGUGGAUCUAGUGGAACCAGCACAGGACAAAAACUCAAACCAUUUCAAAGUGGUUGUAAAGACAUCAGCGUUUUUAACCAGGACACAAUAUUCUGUAUUUUGAUCACCUUGGUUUCUGUAAGACCUCGAUACAGCAACAAUCUCCAAUAAUAUUACAGGCAAGUCCUUCUACCUCCCGCACUCCUUGUGGUUUCCUAUCAUCCACAAUGUCGACGUAUUAACUAAAAAUCUAACUUUAAGGAAAGAUUGGUAAUUCUUGAAUUGUAGCUCCACUCUUCGAUAGGUUUUAUAUUGAUAAUAUACAGUCUCUAUCCUGGUCAGAAGGCCACUGUUGGACAUAUUGAAUUGUUCAUGGUCAAGUUAAAUGGAAAUAAUUUGUUGGACUUGUAAUAUGGUCCGUAAUGUCUCCAUCCAUUGAGACACAGUGAAUGAGUCUCCAAUUAGGUUUGUUCGUAUCCGAGCAGUGAUCACCGCUAAGCAUCAUGGAAAUGAUAUCUAUAGGACAUCAAGAAAAGGCAAACCCUGGUGAGUGCGCCAUCUGCUAUGAGGCUUACAAGACGCCGUCUAAAUCCAGGGCACCGAAGACAUUACAGUGUGGGCACAGCAUGUGUCUCCAUUGCCUUAAAAAGCUGGUUUGCCACAGUUCAUUGCUGUCUUUUGUGGUGUGCCCGUUCUGCCGUUGUGUUGCCAUUAUUCCUGAAGAAGGUGUCCAGGCCCUAAAGACCGAUGAGGAGACCCUGCGCCGGGCUUCCUCGGUUACUGUGAUUUCCAGUAUCUCAGAAGAUACAUAUUCGCAGAGUUCUGGCGUCUCUAGCGCAGGCUCUUCACCUUAUUUUUCUGUUGAACUUGGGAAUUCACCACGCCCAUCCAUCUUCACUAUCAGCGAUGUCGUUCCCUCUGAUCAAGGACAAUUCUGGGGAGGUAGGUACAUGCAACAAAUUCGAAGUACCUAUCUGCAGGGAAUCAGCCGUCGGGUGGCACAGUCUGAAGCCCACCCAUCUUCUGUCACCAUGCCUAUAUCGGCCGACAAGUUACGACUUUGCUUCGCUUUGGGGCUGAUUGUCCUGAUUGCUUGUGUCUUCUUUCUCAUUAUAUUCUUCAAGUGAGGUUCAGGCAGAGGGGAGGCGAACCAUAAGGAAAACUGCUACUACAAACACAUUAUGGAUUCGGGGGGGGGACUUGAAUACACUGCCAGCAUUGUAUGGACCUAGAGAACCCCUAAUAUAAUGUACUGUUGGGGUUAAUUAGGAGAUACAGAGUUCUGCAAGACUAUAGCGAGGAAAGAGACAUUUUCACUGGACUCAUUCUUUCACUAAUACAUCAAUCAAUAAAGCUUUAUCUUAUCUUUCAUAAUCUAGAAUGUUUGUCUCUUUAAAUAGCUUGAACUAUGCAACCAACAAGCGCAACUUACUAACUGUAGAUAAUUAUAUAAUUGAUCAAAUUUAAGCUCUGUGUUGACAAAAUGACCAUAACACAGUAUAUUAGUUUGUGAGCCCUAAACCAUCACUGUCAUAGGCCAUGUGCAUUUUUUAAAGGGAUGUCUCACUGCCCAAAUACAGACAAAAUAAAAAUCACUGUUUAGAAGGUAUGCCCAC